AUGUCUUCUACUGCAAACUUCCAUUCCUCCUUUUCGACCCUGGGAGCUCCAACCAUCAACUUGAUUGAAGAUCGCUCGUUGAAACCCUUGGAGUACUCGGGUUCCUCUCAGGCUGUUCCUAUUCGGAACGGUCUGCCUACCCCUCCGCACGAUAUGACUGGCAUCGCCUAUAAUGCCAUGCCACCUAUCGCCUAUGGGGGCAAACCCAACGGGGUGCCCUCUCACCUUUAUGGCCACUCGCGGACACAGUUCGAUUCCAUUUCAGGUUCGAUGAUGCCCGCCAUGAAACCGCAAAGACACGCACCGGUCAAAGAAGCCCCUGCGACAGAACCGACUGCUCAGAAGAAGUCCACGGGUAGAACGGGAGGAUCGCAACUCCGGAUUCCAUCGUCCAUCAACAACAGCCGGGGCAGUUUGGCCGAGUUUGCAGCUCAGAUGACCUGUCUGUUCUGGUUCGAAAAGACCUCGAAACUGCAAGCUAUCGAAGACCGCCAACACCCCGUUCCUUCCCUUGUCGCAGAGGCGAUCCCCACCGUUGGAUUUCAGAAAUGGGUUGCCACGAUCCUCUCCACCACGCAAGUCAGCCAGAAUGUUAUUCUACUGGCCCUUCUCUUUAUCUACCGCCUGAAGAAGUUCAACUCCGGGGUUAAGGGUAAGAAAGGUAGCGAGUUCCGGUUGAUGACCGUUGCGUUGAUGCUCGGCAAUAAAUUCCUCGACGAUAACACUUACACCAAUAAGACCUGGGCUGAGGUAUCGGGCAUUGCAGUAAACGAGAUUCACAUUAUGGAGGUCGAGUUCUUGAGCAACAUUCGCUACGACUUGUUCUCUUCCGAGGUGGAAUGGACCCGGUGGCAAACCAAGCUGGGGCUCUUCGGCGACUACUUCAAUCAGGCCUCGAUGCUGCCGGUCGAGUCAGCCGCGAUGCUCCGUGUCUCGCCUCCCCGCCUGCCGCAAUCGCCAUCGGCCAAGUUGCCGUCGCCUGGUACCGACUCGUUCCGAUCUCAGCCGCAGCCCAACUGGUACAUGCCACUCAAUGGAUUGCCAUAUUCGCUGCCACCACAGCAAUUGGGCGGCGAACCCUCAAUGGGAAAGUCUCGGAAACGAAGCGGUGAUGAGAGCGACGAGCUUCACCCGACCAAGCGCGUUGCUUUGUCUGCCCCCACAUCUGCCCCUUCGACUUCAAUGACGGUCCCAGUGACUGCUAUGAGCAUGUCCACCCUACCCCCUGUCUUGACUCCCACUUCUGCCCCGAUGGCACCAAUGAACGUUUCCCGUCUCCCGCCUCCUCACCAUGCGCCAUCUCUUCCGACUUCCUACUCCACGCCCCAGACGCUGCCUCCCGCAGCAUCUUCCCAGCUUCCAGCUAUCAUGCCUCCCAUGUACAAUCGGCCAUCGAACUGGCAGCAGAUGCCUCCUCUUUCUGUGCCUCCGAUGCAACCUGGCAUGUACAACCCUACUUCUCUGCCCGAAUUGGGCCGGCAACACCAGAGCUCUUUUGGUGCGUCCUCUGCCACGGUCUCCCCUGCCAUCUCGGCCUACUCCGUCCACACACCGCAGACGCACCUUUCUCCUUCAUUUUUCCUCGCCAACCGUAACUCGCCUUACCGGCCAGUGCGCUCUGUCAACACCUUGUUGAUUCCUCCCCCGUCAACCUCCCUACAGCAACAGCGCAAUGUUCCGUUCGAUCAUAUGCACUACCAGUCACUCUCAAAGGGAUCUACUUCUCGCAAGACUGGCUUGCUGCCCUAUAUCCAACCCGAUGCGUGGAACCAACCUCCCUACCUUCACCCCAUUUAUCCCCCUACCAGUUACACUGGUUGA